AUGGCGACCACCCCAAUGGCGACCACUUUCCUUCCACAGCGGCUAAGACCCUCUCUCUUUUCAUCAUCAGACGCAGCGUCAUUCGUAUGUCGAACAUGCCGCCGCAACGCCGCAACCUCAAGACGGACGCGAAAAUCACUCCGAGUGAAAAGCGACCCAUCCUUCGCACCAUCACAAACCGAAGCACAAGACCACAUCAUCUUUAAUCCUCCAUCGAGCGCGCCGAACGUGUACCACACCCCGGCGAAGUUCCUGCCCAAAUCAGACCCCCGAAGAGCGCUAUAUACCGCCGCCGCCGCAGCAACAACACCAGCCGCGGAACCCUCCAAACCACAAGGCAUCCUCGCCUCGAUAGCGCAAGAACGCGCAGCGAGCACACCGCCCGCCUCCCAACUCAAACCCGUCCGACCGAUCUACGAGAAGAAAUACCAUCUCUCGCAACAAGAUAUCGAUGAGAUCCGGCGGUUACGAAAGGACGAUCCGCGGACGUGGACGCGCGUGAGGUUGGCGGAGAAGUUUGAUUGUUCGCAGUUCUUUGUCAGUUUGUGUUGCUCGGCGCCGGAGGUUGCGGAUGAGAGGGAGAGGGAGUUGGAGAGGAUUAAGAGUAAGUGGGGGCGGAAGAAGAGGGAGGCGAGGGAUUUGAGGCAGGAGAGGAAGAAGCUUUGGGGGAGGGAUGUGUGA